GUCUACAGAAUAGUUCCGGAAAAGAAAAGUACACGGGGCUACCCACUGAGCUCAGCUCGCUCCACUGCCCACUCCCCUCGCUCGCCAGCUACCUACUCUGCUAGGCUACCUAGUGUCCUGCUCUGCUCCGCCCCGCGCCGCGCGGCGGAGCCAUGGCCACGGCGGCGCUCCGCUUCCCGCCGCUCCUCUCCUCGCGCGCCACGCCUACCACCACCGCCGCCACCUUCACCCGGAGGACGUCGUCAGCCACCCUCAGGGUCGCCGCGCAGCCCGAAUCCGCCCCCGCCUCCACCUCCACCUCCGUCUCCGACGAGCCGCCGGAGUUCUCCCCGCCGGCAGGGUUCGCGCCUCCGGUGCCCAGGCGCUUGGCUAUCAAGGAGGGCCAGCUCGGAAGCAUCGCCGGCGCGGCCCUCGCCGUGCCUUUCCGCCUCGGCACCGGCCUCUUCGUCCAAGGAUACUCGGUAUCACUAGUCUCCGCUGACAAAAUACCCGCAGACCAAUAUUCUCUGGAAUUUCUAGGUCUAAAGGUGAGGGAGACCUCAAAGAUAGAUCAGUGCCGUCGACCAGAAAAACCUAUUGAGAUCUAUGAGUUUGAAGGCUGUCCAUUUUGUCGAAAGGUCAGAGAGAUGGUAGCCGUCUUGGACCUUGAUGUUUUAUUUUAUCCCUGUCCUCAAAAGGGGCCAACAUUUCGUCCAAAGGUUUUGGAGAUGGGAGGAAAGAAACAGUUCCCUUACAUGGUGGAUCCAAACACAGGAGUUGCCAUGUAUGAAUCAGAUGACAUCAUUAAAUACCUUGCGGACACAUACGGUGAUGGAACUGUUCCAAUUAUGCUAUCGCUUGGUCUAUUUACAACAAUAACAGCAGGGCUUGCUAUGAUUUGGCGUAUAUGGAAGGGAUCUUCCUACACUGUUUCAAAGCUUCCACCCCAGCCGAUAGAGAUCUGGGCAUACGAGGGAUCUCCUUUCUGUAAAAUAGCACGAGAGGCCCUUGUUGAAUUGGAGUUGCCACACUUGCUACACAGCUGUGCACGUGGCAGCCCCAAGCGACAGGAAAUUUUCAAGAAACUUGGCCUUUUCCAGGUGCCUUAUAUCGAGGAUCCUAACACGGGGGUGAAAAUGUUUGAAAGCGCUGAGAUCGUAGAGUACCUAAGGGCAACAUAUUCACUCUAUCCUCAGUAAACAUGUCGCCCGAGAUCUCUGAAGUGUCCAUAUAUAGUAAGGAUUUAGAAUUUAUUCUUUACAAUAAAACGCUGAGUCCAAAUGCAGUGUACAAGUUGUGUUCAUCCAGUUGCUAUAUAUUGCUCUGCUUGGGGCUUGUAUGGUAGAUAAGGAAGAACCGGGCAAAGUGUAUUGUCGAAGUUCCGUCAAUUCUCGCCCUUCAAGUUUUGUGAAACUCUGUGGAGAUGAAACUUUCUAGCACGGGAAACAUGUCGGGUUUAUGAA